AUGAUGAGAAGUACAAAUCAUCUGCUUGGGAUGUUCUUACAAUCAACGCACACACCACACAAAGUUAUCGAAACGCUGGAACGGAUAGGUGUAUCGGUGUCUGCAAACGCUAUUCAGGCCGCAACAAAAUCAUUAUCAGUGCAAACUCACCAACACCUCCAGUCGCUCGGACGGUCACUUCUCGCAGCAUAUGCAUAUGAUAACUUUGAUGUAGACCUGAAAACCCAUCAGCACACAAUUGAAAAUUCGACGGAAUCACUCAAGCAUCUAACAUCAGGCCUGAUGUUCCCACUGCAGCACAACAUCUCCAAGGAAGACCUUAGGUGUUCUGAAGAAUUGUGGAAGCUGUCGCCGUUUAAUACCCAAGCAGAACUGCCACCAAAGAAGGGAUGGACAGAUCUGCUCAGUCUUCACAAGGACACACCAGAUGAAGCAGAUCUUACCCGUCGCAAUAGAUUUAAUUCGUGGAAGUUUCUCUUGGACCUCGUCUCAUACGGCCCUCCAUACUUUUCUCAAUUCCAUAACCAACUUCACGAACCCGAGGCCAUUGAAGCCAUCCCUGUCAUCAAAACGCCAAUCAUUGCUACAUCUGCAAUGGAUGUCAGUAAUUCCACCGUUACAGGCAAUAUACAAAGUGUCGUUAACCUGCUCGAGCAGGGUGGAAUCGGAGAUCCUGCAGCCGUCGAUGAUCCAGGGAUGCCCGACAUCUCAGAGUACAUAGUUCUAUUUCAUGGUGACCUUGGGACGGGGGAACGCCUUCAAAAAGUCAUAUGUGAGAUGGGAAUCACAUAA